GGGGAGGGAGGCGGUGGGAAUGCGGGGCUGGGAUGCGGGCAGGAGGAGGAGGAUGGUGGGGACACGGUGUCCCCAACCCUUUGGGAGCAGGGCAGUGCCACCUCCUGCUCCCUGCACGCCUCUGGGUGACGAGCGGUGACAUGCCCAGUGCUGGCGCACCGCGGUGACGGCACCUGCUGGGGCCUCGCUGGCUGGGGGCCAGCCUUGUCCUUGUCCCCAUCCCAACGGUGGCAGGAAGGUGGAGCGGUCCCCGGGCCCUUUGCAGCAGCACCGUGGGGCUGUCGGGCCGGGCAGCUCCAUCCUCACCCCGUUGCCCUGCUGUGAUUUGUGCGGUGAUGGUGGCCGUGGGCAGGGCAGAGGCCGUGCGACUCGGGGCAGGGCAGAAAACUGCUGAGUGUUGCCUUUCUUGCCGUGAAAGAGCCAGAGCAGCUUGAACUAAAUCGGAUCCUGCUGAUUGGAAUUAGUUCAAAUGCAGAUGGAGCUAACUAAGCUGGCGGUAAGCAUUUGAACGGCGCAGCGUCCAAUUCCCAUCAGCUGAUUCAAGGGCUUUUCUGGGCGGCAUUAACAAAAUGCCACCGAGCGGACAGAUGCCCAUUGUGCGGGGGGCUGACGGUCUCAGCCUCGUGCCAGGGUCGGACCCAAGCCACCCGGAUGGGAUGUGGGGAUGAGGUGGCUUUCCAGGGCAGCGCAGGGGCGGAGGUGAUGUCUGCUGUUAAUUGUCUGGACAGUGACAGCCCGGGGUGGGGGUCCCAUCCCUGCUCCAUGGCCAAAGCCAUCCGCUGGGGGUGAGGGAUGCAGCCCAGCCCUGUCCCGGUGGGGUGACGCCAGCUCCCGAGCAGUCAAGUGCGCUCAGGCUCUGAAUAAGAAGCACUUCAUUCUCUUUUCAAACUGUAUAAUUUCUGCCUGAUUGUAAUGGCAUAUUUUAAAAUUACCAGAAAUCGAAGCCAGAAAAUGGAUACGGCUGCUUUUACUGUGAGCUGCAUUAACAAAGGAUAUGUAAUGCGCGAAAUAAAAACACCUCCCUGCCCCCCUCCUCCUUUUUUUAAGACAGUAAUAGGAGAAAAUUGGUUUUGAAACUGAAUAAAAGUCCCUUUCAGAGGAAAUCAUUUCUUUCAGGGUACCUUUGCUGAAAGUAAAAUAGUGAAUAAUGAAAGGUGGUUACAUGAUUGUCUUUCAUUUAGAGAGCGCUAGGACAGAUGGAAUCUGGGAGAAAUGCAAGAUUGGAAUAAUUGCAUGGUAACAAGGCGCUUGUUGUGAAAUUAGUAUCUUAAGAAAGUAGUGAAAGAGGCUUUUACUCAUGAAUACUUCAUUAUUAGGAGAAAACAGCACAAUUUGGGUUCUCCAGGCACCUGCUCUGCGUGCGAUGGCUCUUCCUCACCUCUUGCUCCUCGCACCUUGCUCUCAGAGUCUCUGUUCCCAAAUUUUGCAGCGCUGGGAGCCGCCGUGUCCCCACUCUGGGGAUGAGGCAGGAACUCAGGGUCCCAAACCCAUGCUGGUGGCUGGGAGUGAGCAUGUACCCGCAGCCCUUUGUCAGCUUGGAGGUGGGCAGGAGUGGUUCCCAACGACGUCCACCCAUUGUGUGCAGGGAGAAAGGAUAACGCGGCGAUUGCUGAGGCUGCCGAGUGGUUCGUGCCGUUGGGCUGUAGUCCUUGUGCUGUCGCUCUUGGCCCUGCGUUGGGUUGCACAGCCCUGUCCUGGUGCAUGCAGGUCAAGGUUGUGCCAUACGUGUGUCCUGGUGCUACCAGGUGGAUGUGAGGGAGCGUUCCAAGGGGUGAGGAUGGAGCUGGGAGUGCAGCGCUUACCCUGAGCGCUCCAAGCACGAAGCACCCCAUGCACCGGCCACUGCGAUGGAGCUGGGGAAGCGAGGUACCCGCCGUGACACCCAGCCCUGACACCUCACAUGGACCAGGAGCUGUGGCUCUGAGGAUGGAUUUGCUGCCACCACUACCCACUCUGUGCACAGUGCCACUGCCGUACCAGCGGGAGGCGUUCACGGUGGUUCCUGCAGGAUGUGCCAUGUGCAGGACGUGCAAUUCACAGAUCAGUAGCGAAGAUGCCUUUGGCCUGACCCCUACAGAUUUCCCAGCUGGCUUUUGGCACACCCCGGGACCCAAGCGGGAUUUUGCUGCCUGCAGGCUGGAUCCCUGCCGUGCAUCCAAUGGCUGCAGCUGUCCCCGGGAGCAGGAGGAGCUGCUCGGUUUCCUGCAGCAAGAGCAGAAAGCGUCACGGGGAGCACCAACCACCCACUGAGCCCUUUCAUAUUUAUUUUAUAGAGCUUCAUAUUUAUUUAAGGCUUCCAUACUUAUUUAUUUAUCUCCAAAAGAGCAAAGGCCCCUGCGCAGCGGGUGCGAGAGCUCCCAGCCUCCGUGCAUGCAGACUUUGCUCAGCGGUGGGUGCGGGUGCAUGGCUGGACCCCCCCCCCCCUCUUACCAUUGUCUCUCUUCUCUUGGCAGUGCACGGUGCGGCGGCGGCCGGCCAGGACUACUGGACCAUGCUGGCGUGUCUGCAGCGAACCCAGAACCCGCCUGGGCAGCACCUGGCCUGCCCCAACCCCAACAAGACGCUGGAGCCGCGCAAGUGCGAGACAGCAGCACCCAUGCAUUCCCCGCGCUACCCCAGCCCCGCCGAGCUGGACGCCUAUGCACAGAAAGUGGCCAACAGCCCGCUGACCAUCAAGAUCUUCCCCACCAACAUCAGGGUCCCACAGCACAAGCACCUUAACCGAACGGUCAAUGGGUAUGACACCACGGGGCAGCGCUACAGCCCCUACCCCGUGCACGCCGGCGGCUACCAGGGCCUCUUGGCCAUCGUCAAAGCCUCCAGCAAAAGCGUGGUGAAGAACGCGGAGGGCAAGCGGACUAAGCUGUCGCCUGCGCAGGCCGGCGUUGCUCCCUACCCAUCCUCAAGCACUUUAGCCCCAGGCCCCUCCUGCGCCGGCCCGCUGAGCUACCACCAGAAGCAGCUGGAGGGCCCUGUGCCCCCCAACGUGACGGUGGCGGGCUCAGCGCUGCCGCUGGCGGGCCGGGGCCUGGCGCUGCCACCCUCCAACCUGCCCUCCAUCCAGAGCAUCAUCUACCAGCUCAACCAGCAGUGCCAGGCCCAGGCCUCGCAGCCUGCCUGCCCGGCAUUGCCAGCCGCCCACCCCAGCCCGGCCAAGCACGGCGCCUUCCCCGCCAUGGCCUCGGCCUAUGCCGUGUUGCCCGAGUGCCGCAAGGGAGCCGAGCUGCCGCUGGGCUCCACCCCGGCGCUGGGGCCCAAAGCGGGGCUCUACCCCGAUGGCGUGGACUACCUGCUGUGGCAGCAGAAGCAGCAGCAGCACCUGAGGGUGUACAGCGGGGGAAGCGGGGCCCUCAGCAAGUCGCCCGAAGCCUGCGCAGCCGCCUCGCGGCCCUACGGGCCGGCAGGGGAGAAGGUGAGCUCGUCGCCGUUGAACUGCAUGCACGGCAACUUCGCGGUGGGGCAGUACUUCGUGCCGCCAUGGAACAGCGUCCUGGUGACCCCCACCAGCGACUGUUACAACCCACCGCCCGAGCUGGGCCCCGCGCCGCGCGAGCUCGGCGUGCCGCCGGCCGAGGGGCUGCCCAGCAAGGCGCUCUGCAACACCUCCAUCCUCAGCAGCAGCCUCCAGUCGCUGGAGUAUCUCAUCAACGACAUCCACCCGCCCUGCAUCAAGGAGCAGAUGUUGGGCAAGGGCUAUGAGACCGUGUCUGUGCCACGGCUCUUGGACCACCAGCACGCCCACAUCCGCCUGCCUGUCUAUAGAUAAGGGGCGGCCGCUGCUCUUCCCAAAGCCAGGAUGGCGGCCGGGCCCUCCGGCACCGCGAGGCCGUUGCGGGGUGAUGGGGUUGGUUGGGGUUGGCUGCCAACACGGGUCCCGCAGGUACUGGCAUGGAACCGGGGUCAUCGAACCGGGUGCGCCCGCUGGAAGCCAAGGAUGAAGGAAUGCUUGUCUAUAUAGCUCAGAAAUCAUUUUAUUUCCACGAAUGUGAACAGGGAAUCGCUACGAGUUGCUGCUAUCCAGGGAGAGGAGCUCCGCUCUGCGCACGGCGCGGGCCGCAGGCAGGGUCCCGCCGCGCUCACCUUUAGCUGAAGUCCGUAACUUGCACUGCUUUGAUUAAAGCUCAUAACUGGGGACAGCCUGGACACUAUUUAAGAAAAACACUUGAAAACUUGAACAGAUUUUUCUCUUUUUUUGUUUUGUUUUUUGUUUUCAUUUUUUCAGUUGCCCACCGCGCGCAUCUUGGGUGCCGGCCAACACGGGGGACGAGCCCACGGCACUGCGGCCAUGCUACAGAUUUCCAAGGUUUUGGGUUUUUUUUCUUUUUUUAAUUUGUUUCUUUUUCUUUUUACCUUUUCUUCCUUUUUUUUCCCUUCUUUUUUUAACUGGCCAUUAUACUUUUGUUCCAGUAUAGAGGCAGACAGUAUGUAGGACCACGUUCAAUACCACAUCCAGCCAUCGUACCAGGAUGGGAUCAUCGCAUACUUCCUUCAUAUUUUUUUUUUCUUUUUGUUUUUAAGCAGUUCAGAAAUGCUCAUUACUCUCCGUUAUUCACUCUGUGUAAUUAUGUGCUUAAUAGGUUUAUUCAUUUAAAAAAGGCUCUGCAUCACAAAAUGUUUUUUGAUGAUUCAAGGAAACAGAAACACUACCCCGAGGAAACCCAAGGUGAUUGUGCUCAGAAAAGAGGUACUGUAUCCCUGAAAGGCCUGUUCAAGCACUAAGUGCAUUUACAAAUCUCUGAGAAUGUUUUUUUUUAUACUAAAAUCGACCAUUAUAUUCUACUGUGAGAAGUGCUGUCUGCACUUAUAUUGUUUUAAAAACGAGAGAAAACAAACGAGAAAAAAAAAAAAAGGAAAAAAAAAAACAAAAACAAAAACCACAAAACCUGCAAGCUGUGUGUCCGGAUGUUGUUUUUCCCAAAGUAAAACCAGGAUGUCACUGGA